AUGUCUCGCUUACUUUCUCUCGUCCAUCAAAUCGAAAACGACCAGUAUCUGCGGUUGGCCGGGACAGACUCGCACACAAACAAUCCCUCCUACAGGGCCCAGUUUCCUUUCACACGUGGAAGACUGGAUCAUCUCGUUGCCUCUGUUACCUGUCUCCCUCCCCCCACUCCCCACCUUCCACCAUCGCCCCUUCAUACAAGCCUGUCGAGACCGCAACGACCUCGCGCCUCUGAGUUUUCGGCGUAUUUCCGCGGCCUCGACCGAGGCAGCAGCGCACUAUGA